AUUUGAAAUAGUGUGACAUUGCUGACGAGCAUAUCGGAAAUACCCAUAUUUUAUUUAUUUACGCAGAGUCAAAAGUAUUGACCUUAGUUAUGUUUUAACAAAGAUGUACGAGGAAUUGCAGAUAGAGAAGCAUGUAUCCUACAGUAAAACUAUGUUUUACGAAGAACAGAUGCUCUAACGAAGGACAUCGAAUGUCGAAAGCUCUGCGUCUUUGGGGAAAAGAGCCGAGUCCUGUUAGGCGACGGACAGAGUGGACGGGCAGGAAAUUCGCGCGGCACGUUUCAUGAUCGCGACAGCGUAUAUACAAGAAUCAAACCAUAAGAGAAAGUCAUCAUGAACACGAAUGAAUGCUCGAGGAGCCGCCUAUCGAAGAAUCUACGACGCAUUCUUCUUUUUUUUCCGUCGUCGUCGUCGUCGUCGUCGUCAUCGUCGUCGUUCUCGUCGUUAUCGAGUCGACCGAAAGAAGGGAAACUGUCACGUUCGAAUUAGGAAUGAGACUCGAGUCCACGGUUUUGGGAGAGCGAUCGACGAUCAAGGAUCCGCAGUUUGGCUCAACGAGCAGUGCAUUGAAAAGUUCUCUUGGAGAAUAAUGGAUUCUAAAUACGUUUACAUUAAAAAAAGAAAUCAAUUUGGCAAGCAAUGUUUUUUCGAGGAUAUUGGGCCAACUGUCGAAGAAGAUAUUCUUCCAGAACCGCGUCUUCACAAAAGCUUUAUUAGUCAACAAAUAAAUCAUAGUAGUACUCAAGAAUCAGUACAAUACGCACUCCACGAGAUUCAGACUACGUCAGGAAAAAUAAAAAAUUCGGGAAUACGCCAUUUCGAGGGUAGUUGGCCAAAAGAAAUAAAUCCAUUAGACGAAGAAGCAGUUCGUAGAUUUCGUCAAAGAGUCGUCAAAAGUGACAAUUGGACUGCUUCUAUGAAUCCACUUAUGGAAACAAUGGAACAUAUGGUGAUGCAAAAUAAUGCUAUCGAUAUUCACGAUAAUUAUUUCAGUGACAUGAUACCCACGAAAUUAACGAUUUCUCCUGAGAUGAGAAUCGAAUGCGUGUAUUCCGAUCAAGAAUUAAACGUGAGACCUGUUAACCAUUUGUGUUGGUCAAUGGACACACAUCAAUUUGCUGUUGCAUAUUGCUUCAAAGAUCGAAUCGAGUUACCAACAAAUUUGAGCUCAAACGCUUACAUUUGGAAUGUUGAAAUACCGAACAAACCGUCACUGAUCCUAAAGUCAGUUUCGGCGUCUAUGGCUAUCGAGUUUAAUCAACGUGACCCGUCGUUGCUGAUAAGUGGCUUGAUGUCCGGUCAAGUGUGCAGCUGGGACACAAGAACCGGUGAUUCGCCGGUACAAAUAUCGGAACCUUUGAACAGUCACAGAAAUCCAGUAAGCCAGGCGUACUGGAUCCAUUCCAAGACCAAUACCGAGUUCUUUUCGUCGUCUAACAGCGGCACAAUCAAGUGGUGGGACAUCAGGAAGUUGAGAAGACCAACGGAGGUUCUAGUGAUGGACUUGGAAUAUCCCGAGAGACAGAGCAUAAAUGAAUCUAUCCCUAUCUCCGUGCUUCAAUACGAAUCUACCAUGGGUAGUAAAUUUUUCGCUGGACUUGAGAACGGGACCAUCGUAAGCGUCAAUAGGAGAGCUAUGUCAAAUACCGAGAAACUCUAUACGAGAUUCUAUUGUCAUCUUGGAUCGGUAUUGACCAUCGAUCGGAAUCCUAGUAGUUUGAAGAACUUUUUGACUGUCGGUAACAAUCACGCCAAGGUUUGGACAGAGGAGACUAGAGACCAUUGCCUGGUCCAGACAGGAAGGAAAAAAUUAGGCUGUCUAACGGGAGGAUGUUGGAGCAGAUCCAGAUUGUCUCUAUUCUUUACGAUAAAUACGGAAGGUACGUUGGAUGCAUAUGAUCUUUUUCAAGGAAUAAAUACAACGUGCUAUAGAAUUCAAAUCUGUGAAAAAUCUUUAACAACUAUCAAACCUCAUAACGAUGGUAAAAUUUUGGCCAUCGGUUCCACCAAUGGCAAUGUUUAUUUCGUCAUAUGCGGAGGCUUAUUUACUACCACAUUUCCCAAUGACAAAUAUUUCUUCCUUUCGUAUCUAGAUAGAUGUAGUCAAUACGAAAAAGGAGUGGAAGCUCGAAAAAAAGAGAUGGCAAUGCUGUUUACUCAUAUAUCUUCACAAAUAUCUUCGGUGGAAGGUAGAUCUUUAAAAUAUAAGUAUAAAGGCAAAGAAAGGACGAAGUCGAAAGAUGUCAGAAAGUCGAAAGCAAAAAAAAUUAUUUAUCAUGGAGGCAGUCCGUUUGCCGAUGAUGAAGAAAUAAUUGAAGCGGAGAAACAAUAUUUUCUUAAAUUGAAAGCGGAGAAAGAAGCUUAUGAUUCGGAAGAUAGUAGAGAGAUAGAAAGAAUAUACAACAUUUAUCUGAAGGCCGAACAGACGGAACACGAAGCAAAAGUAAUUAAGAACCAGGAACCAGUUGAAUUGUUGAAAGAAACAUCGAGGAAAAAAUCGAAGCAAACAAGUUUAGAUUUGAAGACGCCAUGGAAAUCAUCGAUUAAGGUCGAAAUCUCCGUUCCAUCCGAGAAAAUUGUCACGAAACUCGAGGUGGAAAGUGUCGAAUCUGAGGAAUUAGUUAAAAGAAAAGCUAGAAAGAAACGAGCUCUUAGCGAGAUACCACUGAAGAUUUGUGCCAUGGAUAUUUGUGAACCAGAAGUCUGUUGUGCAGGUAACGCAAAUAAUAAUAUAACUCUAAUCGAAUUCGUCGUUGUUAUUGCAUUGUUAUAACUACAAUCGGAAAUAAUCGAGAUUCCCUUCGAAAUGUUUGAUUAUUUUCAAAAUAAUUAAAUAUCUCAACGAAUAUAUUGAACGACAUUUAAAAAAAUAUUUAAUACAAUAUUUGUAUUUUAUAUAUAAUUAAUAACGAUGCUCCAUUAGAUAAGUAUAUACACAUAUAUUAUAAAGAUUAUGGGAAACAUAUAUUGGACGAGAGAUUGUAGAACCAGUCCACAUUUCUAGCUAAUAUGACUAAUCCCGCUAAUUUAUCUUCGAUCGAUCUAAUUAUGGAAUUCGGUCGAUAGAGAUCAAACAGCGAAUUCUAUAGAUUCUAUAGACACAAUUUCGA